GCGUGGAAAAUGUUCUCAGGGAAAAGUGAUCUGUCUAAGGUGCAAUCCUUCAGGACAACUGUCCAAACUUCUUCAUGGCUCUCCCAGCUGUUGGGCGCGAUAGAGCAGAAGUCGUCCGGGAAGCAGAGUCCUGAUCAGGAAGUGGAGACACUUAUGACGCUCUGCCUCUCGGAAAAUGUACUCUUGAGCCUUCAGGCGACGCAUCUCCUGGUCAGGCUGGCUGAGAAGGAACUCCUGCCGCUGGCACAGGUGCGCACAAUGCUGCUGUCAAUGCUGCCCAACGCCGAAGGGCAUCGCUUUGCGGUUGUGGUGAACGGCAUCAGUGAUUUGCUCCUGAUCGAGCUCCGGACGCAGUGCCGGAAGGGGAAGUACAGCUGCCCGUAUGGGCUGCAGCAUCCGGAGCAUCCCUUCAUCGCCGUACUGAAUGCCAAGCAUGGGCAUGGCCACGAGAUCACCGCCAAAAUCAAGGAGAUCUUCAACCACCAGGACAAAGACGUCCAAAAUGCUGCCGCAGAAUUCUUGAGACCGGUUUUCCUGUACGCCCUGAAGAACGCACAUAAGAUUCCCAGCGUGAAGGAAAUUUGGCUUCUGCUCGUGACGCAAUCUUUCAAGUUUCAGCAGAUGAAUCAACUCUUCCAGGACUGUCUCAUGUGGAUGAGCUGUCAAAAGGCCAGCCUGGUCACGAAUAUGCUCCUCUGCGACGCCCUGGAAGUGGUGAUGCACAAGAAGAAGACGGAAAUCACGGCGCAAGUGCUGCUUAUCUUGGCCGGAAGCUUGUCUAGUCAGCUGAAAUUAGGUCUCUGCCCGAGAUUUAGCUUCUCUCUCAUCAAUCGGAUUCUGCAGAUGGAGCAAAUCGCUGCGAUUGUGCCCAAAGGCGUCCUCUUGAUGAUCUUCAUCGAUCUCUUGGAGGACAUUUCAUCAAUUUACGUAGAAGAUUUGCUGAAACUCGUGACACUUUUGGUUGUGAAGAUGAAUAUGAAGGGAUUUCUUAUCCAUCACAUGCUCCUGGACUCCCUGAUGCUCAGAUCGCAGGACAAUCUCGUGUCCGGCGCCGCUAAGAAAGACAUUGAGAUGCUCAAAGAGUUCAUCGAGCAGAAGAAGAACAUCAUGAGAUUGGAAGAUGUCGAUUAUGACUAUGGAAAGUUCGCCAAUAUCCUGGACAAAACACUGGGAUUCUAUGUGGAUUUGGAGGAGCCUCGCUGGAUUGGCGAGUUUGCGCUGUUUGAGAAGUACUUUGACGAUCUCACAACUCCGAUUUCCUCUCUGAAGGCCAUUAAGAUUCCGGCUGUCGUGAAGUUUACCAGCAAAGUCUUCCGAGGAAUGCUUUUGUGUCAUCGCGAAGAGUACUUCGAUGUUCCGGACUGGGCAGCGGUGAUGAAGGAGUUGAUGGACAUCCUCCGCGAAAAUGAAGACAUUUCCAUCAAGUUCCUGCAGGUUUUCCGGCUGGAGAUGAAGCGGAUCACGGACAAAGCUCUGAAACUGGAGCUUUUGCGUGGGAUUGUCGAGUGCGCGCACUUCACAGUGAAUGUGAAGCUCAUUGUCGAGCUUAUCCGAGCGUUUAUUGAUGAAACGGGAAGCCUGAGCGCGGACAUCCUGAAGCUGUACUUGAGACUCUGGCAGAUCGACGCCAGGACUUAUCAGUAUCUCUAUGAUCAUCUGUCGCAGGUGCGUGGCAAGCCAGACAAGGAGCUGAACAUGGCCAGAGCGAAGGCCAUCAAGGCGAUUUGCGAGAAGAAUCCCACUCAGCACGGAAAGGAUUUGGUCUCCCAUCUCUCGGAUGUCCUCAAUCAGUCCUCCAGCUCUUCAGACGACGGAGAAGUGAUAUGCAUCGUCCUGGACACGAUAAUUCUCCUGUGCGAGAGCAAAACCGUCAGCAUUGUUGCGAUCUGGAAGGCACUGGGCUUCAUCUUUCGCUUCGAAAAGCGCGCCAAUGUCACACAGAGUCUGUGCAAGUUCUUUGGAGACUUCCCAAAGUAUCCUGCCACGUCGCCAGAGUACGUGAACAUGGCCAAGGAGGUGUACGACAAGCUGUGGAGCAUUGCUCUCAAUCCGGAGAUGAAGGAGGUGCGAGAGUUUGCCUUCAAAGCCAUGACGAACUUCCCUUUGGACAGUAUCAAUGUGAAGCAAGUUCCUGAGCAGUUUCGACGCAAUCUCAAGCUGCCAAAGUCCAAAUUGGGUCCCGAUGUCAAUCCUCUGGACACCUUGACGUACAUUCCGGGCGAGUGUUGGCUUGAAUUGCUGCUGAACAUCGACGAGAAGGCCAGAGACUUCGCUGCGGAGUUCGUGGCUGAGCACAUCCGCACGGAAAUUCGGGAAUAUCGUGGAGGAGUUUACAAUGUUCCGGCGGGAAAAGGAGAGCCAGAAAAUCUGUCUUCCCUUCCGCCAAAGAGCAUCAUUCGGCCGAUCGUGCAGUUCGUGCAUCAGCAGGCGCAGCUCACGUCCAGCGAUGACUUUCAUCUCGUUCUGUGUGUCAAAGUGCUGGCGCAGGACUUCCCAAAGCCCAUACCGCCCGUCAAUUGGUCUUGUUUGCAUGAGAUCUUCCAUCGCUGCCUCGAGAUUCGCCAGCAUUGCGUUGCCCUGGCAAUCAAUCAGAGCGCAAUCUCGGGAUCGGCCAAACGAUUCCUCUGCAACUAUCUGGAGGGAUUCGAGCCGAAGACGCCGGAUGACAGACAGGAAAUGGAAGCGGCAUUCGACAGAUUGCCCAAAUUGCUGUCCAACGUCGAUCAUCCGCUGCUGAUGAAGUUCAUUCUGCGCUGCCUGAAAUUCGUCAAUUCGAAUCAUAGCGACAAUUCCGUCCACGAUAGAAUCCGAAAGGCGAUUCCCAGCCUGAGUGAGACUGAUCUUGCAUUCCUGGGCACGAUUUUCAUGGAGAGCACGUCGACAACUUGCAGUCAAAAGUUUAUUCAUGAUUACGAGCGCUUCUUUGGACAUUUAGAGGAGAAGCACUUGAACUUCGCCAUGAACUUCUCCAUGAGCACGAACAUCGCCGUCCGGCGACACAUGAGCUGUCAAUGGGCGGGAUUCUACAAGCAGAUCAAGUUCCUCAACUCCAUUCUCAAGCACAUCUCAGAUCUACCGGAGAAGUUUAACGGUACGAAUCAGUGGACGGAUUUCGAGGCCUUGCGCAGCAAAUUGCGCGACACUUAUGGAAAGUUCGAUGUUGAGGACGCUUCUGUGGUGAAUUGGUGUCUGCAAAUCCUGGCCGACAUGCAAUUCGCGAUCAUGAACGAGCACGAGGAGGAUUUCUACAAUUACUGCAGCAUCUUCACCGAUGCAAUCGUUCACAUGUCGAAGUACAGCGUCAUGGAGUGGAUUAUUGUGACUUAUGAUCGCUGUGAGACGAUGGAUGCCUUUCCACAGGGUUUGACGUCUCUCCUGGAGCGGAAUCAGUGGAAGGACAAUGCUGGACAGAUCUACAAUUUCUUGCUGGAGUUCAUCCAGAUGCCAAACCUUCGAGAGGAUGUGAGCAAAUCUUUCAAGAGAGCCAUCGUUCUGUCCAAGGAUUUGCCGCACUUUCAGGAGAAGACAACCUGGGCCAAAGCCAUGAUGAUAAUCAGAAGUUAAGAC